AAGACACAUUCAUCUUCUACCAUUUUGAAGUCGAAUCUUUUAGAUAUUAUAAUGCAUUUUUUGCCCUAUAAAUAGAACUUUCUACAAUUCACUACUUCGCUACUUCAUUCCAUAUCUUCUUCAAUGUCGAGCAUGGCUCCCUUACUUAAUUGUUUUCUCCUCUUUUCUUCUAUUCUUCUCUUCAUUUCUCCAUCUGCUGCUAGAUCAGUGCCUGCUCGCCCAAAACCUUUAGUCCUUCCUGUCCUCAAAGAUAAAUGCAGUCACCAAUAUGUCACCCAAAUCAACCAAAGAACCCCUCUUGUGGCAGUAAAAUUAACAGUUGAUCUCGGUGGCACGUUCAUGUGGGUAGACUGUGACAACUAUGUUUCGUCUUCAUAUACCCCUGUGAGAUGCGACUCGGCCCUUUGCAAACUUGCUGACUCACAUAGUUGUACUACUGAGUGCUAUUCAAGCCCAAAACCAGGGUGCUAUAAUAAUACAUGUAGCCAUAUCCCGUACAACCCAGUGGUACAUGUUAGCACUAGCGGUGACAUUGGCCUAGAUGUCGUUUCACUUCAAUCUAUGGAUGGAAAAUAUCCUGGUAGGAAUGUUUCAGUCCCUAAUGUGCCUUUUGUUUGCGGUACAGGAUUCAUGUUAGAGAAUCUUGCUGAUGGGGUUCUGGGCGUGGCUGGCUUGGGUAGGGGUAACAUUUCUCUUCCUGCUUAUUUUUCUUCUGCUCUUGGCUUGCAAAGCAAAUUCGCUAUUUGCUUGAGUUCUUUGACAAAUUCCAGUGGCGUAAUAUACUUCGGUGAUAGUAUUGGUCCCCUUUCAAGUGAUUUUCUUAUCUACACUCCACUCGUUCGCAAUCCUGUGAGUACAGCAGGAGCUUAUUUCGAAGGCCAAUCGUCAACUGACUACUUCAUUGCAGUUAAGACUCUUAGAGUUGGUGGGAAAGAAAUUAAAUUUAACAAAACUCUGUUGUCCAUAGAUAAUGAAGGCAAGGGCGGAACCAGGAUCAGCACAGUCCAUCCUUACACUCUCUUGCAUACUUCUAUUUACAAAGCUGUUAUUAAAGCUUUUGCCAAGCAGAUGAAAUUUUUGAUUGAAGUGAAUCCGCCUAUAGCACCAUUUGGUUUAUGCUACCAGUCAGCUGCAAUGGAUAUCAAUGAAUAUGGACCUGUUGUUCCUUUCAUUGAUCUUGUAUUGGAAAGCCAGGGCAGUGUUUAUUGGAGGAUCUGGGGUGCAAAUUCAAUGGUGAAGAUCAGUAGCUAUGUGAUGUGUCUGGGAUUCGUUGAUGGUGGACUAAAACCUGACAGCUCCAUUAUCAUUGGUGGGCGUCAACUUGAGGAUAAUCUUCUACAGUUUGAUCUUGCAUCUGCUAGACUUGGGUUCACCUCUUCUCUCCUUGUUAGGAACACAACCUGUUCCAACUUCAAUUCUAAAUCCGUCUAACGCUUUUUCUGUGUGUGUGUUUUGAGACGCUUUUUCUUAGAAGGUUGGAUGUUUAAGUAAUAAUUAAUGGUCUUCUGGAGAGCUGUUUUAGCA